AUGUUCUCUAAAAUGGAUAUGGAAGGAAGUAUAGGCAAUAACGAACCUCUGGCGAAAGGGAAGCGAACAAAACGAGGGAUAAGGAUGUUGUCGCCUUGCACCGUGGCGAAUACCACGGUGACGUCAAGUUGCUCAAGUGCUACCGGAGGUGGUGGCAGAUCGUUUUCUUCCACCACUUUUGAUAGCACUGAGGAGGAAGAGGAGGCUGACAUGGCUAAUUGUUUGAUUCUCCUAGCCCAAGGAAGAACCGGAGGACAAGAGGAUAAUCAAAAUCGACGUUGUCAAAACCACCAUGAUCAACAAGUUGGUGGUGGUUAUAACAAUAUUGUAACUGAAAAGGCAACAAGAAACGGUUUUGAAAGCUAUGAGUGCAAAACUUGUAAUCGUUUUUUUCAUUCGUUUCAAGCGUUGGGUGGACAUAGAGCAAGUCACAAGAAACCUAAGAUGAAAGAAAUAAUUUCCGCAGGUGAAUUCGAAGAAGAAAAUAAACAUUUUCAUAACAAGAAUGUUUCUCUUGUUCCUCCGGUUUCACUUGAAUUAAGGUGUGGUGGCAAUCUAAACUUCCAUGGCCAUGGAAACAAUAUCAAACUCAAUAGAUCUAACAAGAUUCAUGAGUGUUCGAUUUGCGGCGCGGAAUUCACAUCCGGUCAAGCAUUGGGUGGUCAUAUGAGAAGACAUCGAGCUUGUACUAACAAAAACAACAACAAUAAUAACAACAACAACGUUGGUGAUAUUCAUGUUCAUGUUAAGUCUCAGAAUGUUCUAGAAUUGGAUCUUAAUCUUCCGGCACCGGAGGAGGAUCUCCGGGAUUCAACUUUUCAGUUUCCGGCAAUGGUGGGUUGCCAUUAUUAG